UUUUCGUGGAAGGGAGUAGGGGUUUACAGAGUCGCAUAGCAUCAUUGAAGGUAUUAGUUAGCUUGUUUUUUUCCCUUCUACCCUAAUUUCAUAGUUUGGUAUUGAUUUUCAUGGCGGGCAGGAAUUUUUAUGCAGAAUCGACGUCCCUGGGUGGAGAAGUAAGGUAUGUGUUCAUACUUAACCUCUAUUACUUUCAGAAGCAUAAUGAUGUUGUUAUUUUAUUAGAAUACCAAAUGCAACUUUCAUAGAUUACCAAGCCAUUAUAAUUCUUAUGCCAUAGGUUUUCGGGAAGAAGAAAAAUGUAUUAGUUUUUGAAAAUACUUAAAUAUAACAAACUCCAAACAAAGAAGCAUUCUUAGGCUUUUAAAAUCAUCAACUGACAUUCGAAGUGCUGCUAGUCAUUCGUUAAAUACUCUAUCAUCGAGCUUUCAAUUCCACUACCUAAGAAGCAAAUUGGCUAUGAAAUCAAAAUCCCAGAAAGAGUCAUGGAAAUCAUUAAGGUUAUCAUCUAUUGCUUGUUCAGCCUAUAUUCUAAGUCAUUAAAUCAUCAGGACACACUCUAAGAAAAUGCUACUCCGUCAUGAAAUUCUUACCUGGAGAAAAUAGUUCUCUUCUGUCUAUCUCAGACAAAGACAAAGCUCUCCGCGGCAUACCCGUCGAUCCUCUACGUUCAACAAUCUUGUAGGCUCUCCAGGAUACGAGACCUGCACUCUAGCAGCCUCCCGCUCACAAUCAACUACUGCCGGAGCUGUGAUUAUUAAGUGUCAAAUUCCCCUGGACAGAUUUGCAUAGCAAAUAAGACACAAUGAGUUAUAAACUUAUAACACAGCUGGUCAUUCAGUCAGCAAUGCAGGCAAAUAUUUAACAUCGUGGCUUCAAAUUCAUGUGCCCAAUGCAGGAAGAAAGAAGAAAUUCUGAGAUAUUCUACUUGCUGAACAAUAAGCUAAACUAAACUUUCACAAUAAUCAACCAGGAUGCAUUGAAUUAAACCUCUCUAUCAAGAUCCAGAAAUGGUUUUAUCAAAUAUAUUUUCUAGUAAGUAGUAACCAAAUCUCACAGCUUUAGCAUCAAUCAACUACAUGACCUAUAAUGCAUAUGCAAAGUACAAUAGCCGUCAAUAACAGAACUAUGUACGAUUAUGAAUUGAGCAGCUUGCAUAUAUCAAAACAGCAGUAUCACCACACCGGCACACCCACACUCAAGACUACACAUUGCAGAAUAUUUCUACCACACCUUUGAAAAGAUUUUAUCAAGAUCUUGCAAUGGUUCUGUACGUUGGAAAAAAUAGACCAAAUACUCCAACAUAUUCUGUGUGUAUUCCCUGUAUUGCCUGCAAAUAAGAAUCGAAACUAUGAGAAAUCAUGGAAACCCAACAUUUUAGAACACUACACAUGUCGAUUGAGCUGGCCAUAACAAUUAAUUGGCCAUGUAGACACAAUCAGAUAACGAGAACCAAAGAGAAAUUACCUGGUCAACUUGAGUUUCCGAUCAAUUUUCUGUGGUUGACUGAAAAGAUUGAGAUAAGUUGAGUACUCAAUGUGCGAGUCCUCGGAUUCUUUUUUACCACUACGGGGCAUCCCAAACUUUGCAUUGAUGUACUGGUUGUAUAGUUCAUGCAAGUCAAGAUAUUUCCCAUGGGCUUCCUGAAAUGUGAAUUUUGAUAAUCCAAAGUGCAAAUGAGAGCCAAAAUCAAAAUAAACAACCGAAAACUUUAAGAGAAACCAGAUGUUAACCUAUUAUAAUGAAACAGAUUGACAAUUGACAUAAUCAUAGCCAAACAUUCUGACUGCUAAGGUUCGCAACCAGAAGACUCCUUGUCCUGAACACUCUAUGGACCCUAAUAUACAGGUACUGAUUCACAACAAUUCAAUGCCUAAAAAGGGUCAGCAACUUGGCCUAAUAAAGACACACUGAAUGCUCAACUCAAAACCUUACUGUGGUACGAGCUGAAACCUAAAUGAAGUAGGGAUGAAGCUAAAGGACAGGAAAGACAGUCAUGUAACAAUAGCUCAAAAUAAGGCUAACUAGUACAUACAAUUCAAAGUAAGGCAUCAUGCCCUUUUUUUCUAGCAUAAGGUAUGGAAGUGGGAAGAGAGAGAGAAAGAGAGAGUUACCUCGCCAGUAAACUCAAUGACAGGUUCUUCUUUGAACAGUGCCUCGUACUGCUCCUCAACAUCCACAACAUGGGCUGCCGGAUGCCUUCUAUGGUAUUCACGAAUCUAACAACCAGACAAUUUCAAACAACAAGAUUCAUUAGCCUUCAAUUCCGAGCUUCCACUGCAAUUCGAAUAUCAACAUGUCAUCAUCAAUCUAGAUAAUAAAACCUAAACUAUGUUCUUAUUCCAUGUUAAGAAAGCAGAUGGUUCAGUACAUUACCUCUUUCAGUCUAUCAUAAAAUGCACUAAACACAUUAGUUCCACUAGCCAUCUGGCCUCCCAGGGCAGCAAUCUCGUCCUUCCUAGCGUGAUCCUUAUCUUCGUAUAUAUCAACCUGAACUAGCCAUAAGCAAUUACAUUCAAUCUAUCCUUAUCUUCGUAUAUAUCAUGCAAUAGGACACAUACACAGGGGUUAAGUGUACAAUCCUUCUGAAUUGUUAUUGGCUUGUUGUAUCCCAAAUCUGAAGCUCAAUAAUUUUUGGCCUUAAUAAAAAUGUUAACUAAACUCCCGCCUCAUCUAGAUCAACAACCAGACCAAGAGAAAGAAGAAAUAAGCGCGCAACAAGCAAUAACAAAUCACACUUCACUUAUAGAGGGAGCCACUUCUAAUAAGGGCAUUAAUUUAGAUGGUUCAAAUGGAGCCACAACCGAACACAAUAAAGGGCAUGUAAAGCGGAUUGUAGAUUAUUAGCAUGUAUUGUAGAUGGUUCAAACGGAAGUGAACUGUUUGAAAGUUCAUACAAAGUAAAUAUCAAACCAAGUAAAAUCGUUAAUUGAUACCAGAAGUAUGGAUCCAGAUCACCAUAGUUGGUCCUCUAAAAUGCUUUAAAUUUCCACUUUACUCCUUUGAGCUUCAUGUAAAGUAAUAUUAAAAAGGUGAUCAGUGAUAAUUUUAGAAAUUAACAAUUUUUACGUCUAUAAAAAUUUCAAUGCCAUUGCGAGCUUAAGCAGCAGAAUUCAAUCGACUUGAGCGAAUUCAAGUGCAUUUGCAUAAGGAUCACAUGUCAAGAUUACAGGCCUACCGGACCGGUUAAGUGUGUAGGGAUGUUCUGCACGAAAAUACACUAACCUGACCUCAGUCCACAAGCCACCACAAUCAAUAAUUAAAUAACACAUAGAAAGGAAACUUUAACCAUGAAACCACACAAAGAAAAGCCAACAGAUUCACCUAACAAGCUUUACCUGCUGACAUAAUGGCUAAUACAGGCAAAUUACUUUCUUACUUAGUUAGCACUGAGCAUGAAAGGCACUCGUAAGUUUCUAGUGCAAUGCACCUUGGAGUUGAACUCAACAAUCGUGGCUUCCAUCAUAUGCACCUUGGAGUUUUUCGUAGUUUGGACUUAGUAAGGAAGUCUUACCUCCCCGGUGCUUUCAGCCCGAACCAACCUUUCCUUGUUGGCUGGUUUUCAGUAGUCGGCCUUGGUAGUCCUUUUAGCUCGCUUUCUGUUCCCAUACUUGUAAUUUGGAGCAGCCAAGAAAUACCAAACUGCCUCCUCUGUAUCGACCUCUGUAGAUGGUUGCCAUGCCCACAUCAAACAACAAUAUAUAUAUUACAUCUCAUCAUUACUCAAUAUAUUGUUCAUUUAGCUACAUCUGCUUCAUGUAUAAAUACCAUCUCAAUUUGGUUACUGGUGUUUGAUCAUAUACUCAAGAAUUACUUGGUAGCUCCCAAGGUUCGAACUUGUUAACAUUAACUUCGGCAAUGCAGCGAACUUCAUCAUCACGGCCCAACAUCUUCUACUUCAAAUAGUAAUUCACCAGUUAUUCUUCAGAUGGGUGGAACCUGCAUCCAACCAUCUCCUCAUUGUCGCCUGCUGCUGAUCCUGCACUCCACAUUUACCUUUAGUUAGCUCUGUUUUUCUAGUAACUAUCUUAUCCCUGGAAAAUUACUCCACAAUUGCCUGCAAUUUACUCUGUUUGGUAAGUUUAAAAAGGGGAUCACAACUUCACAAGGACUUGAUUGUGACAUAAUUGUGCUUCGUUACUUAGCACUAAGCAUGAAAGCCAAAUUACUUCAGCCACUAUGAUUUAUAGACUAACACCAGCACUAAACUAGUACAUUAAACACAUCAACCAACAAUAAUUGCCAGAACCCGGUUCUAUUAAAUUUGCAUCUGACAUACAGAUAAUUGGAAAGCCUAGUGUAAAGGAGCUGAGGUCUUAUAUAUCAUAAUUUGUACUCAAACAAAGGAGAGUUUAAAUAGAAAUGUUGUCAUCCGUAUGUGAAAUACCCAAAGCAGGCAAGCAAUAAAAUCUUUCUAGUAAGGCAGGAGGGAAACCCAACCAUAAACUGCAAUAUCAUGAGGCAGGGGGGAAAUCUAACCAUAAGUAACAACCCUAUUACCAACCUAAAUCUUUUAACACACAUUUUUUUACAAUUACAGGUAACAAUGUUGGACGUUCUAUUUGGUAAGGACUUUAGUGGUAUUCUUGAUGAUGAUCACCCAUUUCAACGCUUUCCCAUUCAGUUUGUAGUGGAGGCCCCUCAACAAUCCAAUGACGAUGAUUCUGGUACGUUUGUUGUGAAGUUGAUGAAAGGUGCAACAUCGCUAGACAAGGCGGCAAGAGAUAUGAGAAAAGAGUUCCACAGUGAAGACGAACGACUGAAUUUAGUACUUGAAUUGGUGAAGUGGGAGUUCAACAAGAAGAAGGACGAGAUCGAGGAAGCGGCAAAAAAACAUGUCGCGACUAAAAAGGCUGCACAAACCAAGGGCAAACCAAGGGCUUCGAAAGGACGCAAAGGAAAAAAGCCAAUCGAGGAUGCAGAUCAGAAUCCCGCCGCCAUGCUUGCUCGGUGCGCCGACAGGGUUCAAUCGUCUCUACUGAUGGCGAGCGAUGGUGAGGAGGAAGAAGGAACCGCUCGGUCCGUCCUGUCGCCGCCACUCGGCUGUUCCCUUGCCCUAACGUCCUUCGUUGUCUUCCCACGCCGCUCUGCAAUGAACGAAUUCAUCACGACGGCUGAUGCAUCGGCCAGAUUCGGAUCAGCCACACCGCAACCUUCCAUUAUCCCUUCCAACGUCCCUCUCAUCUCCGCCUUCCUCGCAUUAGCUAUCGCCCAGUUUCUCAAGCCCUUCACCGUCUGGUUCAAGGAGAGAAGAUGGGAUUCUAAAAGGAUGCUUGGGUCUGGUGGAAUGCCCUCCUCACAUUCAGCAACAGUGACAGCGCUGGCUGUGGCUAUUGCACUGGAGGAAGGAACUGGGGCCCCGAUUUUUGCUGUCGCACUGGUUUUGGCUUGUGUUGUUAUGUAUGACGCUACUGGUGUUAGACUUCAUGCUGGUCGUCAGGCUGAGAUCGCAAGAUGUUCAUUUUGCAACCCGCCGCGCAGCGCGGGCUUUCCGAACUAGUAGGAUCAAAAGAAGCUGAGGAAGAAAACAUAACUCCUAGGGUACUGCCACUGUAUGCCAUGACACCCUCCACGGUGUCGGUACCAAUGCAAACAGCCAUGACUCCAGCAGCGCCAGUUCAUUUUGGUGGUUUCAAGUCAGCGAUUGAAGAGACAGUUGCUGAAGAAAUUGACUACUCAUUUGAAGAGAGGAGAGCUGGGUUCGUUCUUCCUCACACAGCACAUGUGAAGUCACUGAUUCCAGUUUGAUUUAAAAUUAGGUUCUCUUUUACAUCAUUUUUAGGUAGUCAAAACUUGGCUUUAUCUGCCUUUAUAGACUUGCUUGGAGUGGAAGUCAAGAUUGUAAUUGGUUUCUGGAUAGUGUAUACUAGUCCACAAGAAAUGUGGACAAGGACCAGACUCUGUGGUCUGUGGAAAUGCAAGUUUACUUCAAUGCUAGUUGAAUCUGUUGUUUCAAGAAGAGAAUUAACAUAGGAUUUAAAC